CCGCCAGGUCUGCCCUGCGUGGUUCGACGUGAGCCCCGUCGGGUGUCCGCCGGGGACCAGAGCGGGAGGAGCAGCUCCUCAUCCCACCUCCAGGAAGUCAAGCUGCGGGAGGGAGGGAGAACUCCGGGAGGCGGGGCUCGGUGCCACUAGGAAGCCGAGUGGACCCGCAGCCCCCGACCCCUGCCCCGCCUCAGAUCCGGGAUCCCAGAGCUGGACGCGGCGUCCGCGCGCUUUCUCGGCGAGAUGGCGGACCCCCGCGCAGAUCCUGAAUCAGAGUCCGAAUCCGUGUUCCCGCGGGAAGUUGGGCUCUUUGCCGACUCUUAUUCGGAGAAGAGCAGGUUCUGUUUCUGUGGACACGUGUUGAGCAUCACACAGAACUUCGGCUCCCGCCUUGGAGUGGCCGCGUGUGUAUGGGACGCGGCUCUGAGCCUGUGCAACUAUUUCGAAAGUCAAAAUGUGGAUUUCCGAGGCAAGAAAGUGAUCGAACUGGGCGCGGGGACGGGCAUCGUGGGGAUCUUGGCUGCGCUGCAGGGGGGGGAUGUUACCAUCACUGACCUGCCCCUGGCCCUAGAGCAGAUCCGGGGCAACGUCCGGGCCAAUGUGCCGGCUGGAGGCCGGGCCCAGGUCCGCGCCUUGUCCUGGGGGAUUGACCAGCAUGUCUUCCCUGGAGACUAUGACCUGGUGCUGGGGGCCGAUAUCGUGUACCUGGAGCCCACCUUCCCACUGCUGCUGGGCACCCUCCAACACCUAUGCGGGCCCCAUGGCACCAUCUAUCUGGCCUCCAAGAUGAGAGAGGAGCACGGGACAGAGAGCUUCUUUCAGCACCUCCUGCCCCAGCAUUUCCAACUGGAGCUGGCCCAGCGGGAUGAGGAGGAGAAUGUCAACAUCUAUAGGGCCAGGCACAGGGAGCCAAGACCUGCUUGACAUCACCCUUCUGCUCCUCUGAAAGAACCUCUGUCCUAAGAAAGAAACUGCCAUAUUUCCAAAGCCGUAAACACAAGGAAGAAGUGUGGGCUUCCCUUGCCUCUCUCUUUCCUCCUUCCCUUUUUGUUCCCCCAGAUACUCCUGGACAGGUGCAGGGAGGUGCCUGCUUGCUAGGAAUCUUAGAGCCCUAACAGCACUGGGUUAGAGCACAAAGGCUGUUCUCAGCUCUUGUUCUCAGAGGAGGAAGACAGGAGGGUAUCCAGGAUUUUUAGGGGCAGGGGAGGCAAAUGGGAAGUAAGAGCAGUGGCUGUAGAGAGACUGUCACUGAACCCUUCUGGUCCUGUUCUCUCUCUCUCUCUCUCUCUUUUUUUAAUACAGAAUGGAUUCUAGAUUCUAGUGAAAAACAUUUUUUUUUUAAGGGAAUGAAGAUCAUUUCUGCAU